AUGUUCUCAUUUACCGCCCAGACGUCUUUUCAGGGAGGACCAGGAGCAUCCAGCACGGGUUUUGGCAAUUUUGAAGAAACAGGACCAAAAAUGAUGAACUCAACGGACAAUAUGGCCACAUGGCUCCAAGUUGCUGAUUUGGUUUAUGUGGACAAUCCAGUGGGAGCUGGCUUCUCCUAUGUCGACGAAGAAUCGGCGCUGACAACAGAUGUUGCCCAAAUUGGGCAAGAUUUGUUGGCAUGGCUGCGUUACUUCCUCGUUCUGCACUCCGAAUACCGUACCAGACCGUUUUUCAUAUUUUGCGAAAGCUACGGUGGAAAAAUGAGCGCCGAAUUUGCUCGAGUUAUUACUCAGGAGGUUGCUGCUGGUACCAUUCGGCUAGAUUUUCGCGGAGUAGCACUCGGUGAUUCAUGGAUUUCGGCUAUGGAUUACGUGAACACGUGGGGCGAAUAUCUCUACGCGAAUGUGAGGAAAGCAAAGUAG